AAAGAUUAGUUACUUAAUUAUUACUAUUAUAAUUAAAUAAUUUAUUAAUAAUUAAAUAAAUUACAAGUGUGAAUGUAGCUUAAAAUAUUUUGUAAAAAUGCGUGGUAUGUUUUCGUGUUUGGUGGUGCUUUUACCGAUUUUGAUAAAUGUUAGCCAAGCACACAAGUAUAAAAAACCUCCUGCGUCGGAUUUCAGCCGACAGAGUGUAGUGCAGCCUGUGGUACAUCAUGGACGAACGAAAAGAGAGAUGGUAUCUCCGACACACGCGUAUAAACGAGAUGCCCCAAACGAUACAGAAGUCCGCGGUCCAUUCAAGAUGGACAAGAAGUCUCGCUUCGUUGAGCUGGUGCUAGUUGCUGACAACGCCGUGUAUAAAGCCAAUGGGGAAAAUUUACAGAGUGUACACAGACAGAUGAAGGACAUUGCUAAUAGUAUGAACUCUCUAUUUGCACCGCUAAAUAUCUUCAUAACACUGGUAGGCGUCGAAGUAUGGACGGAACAUGACAAAAUAGAAUUAUCUGAUGAUGGAGAUGCGACACUAACCAAGUUCUUGCGAUACAGAAAGGAUUCGCUAAACAGUCGACUGCCCAAUGAUAAUGCCCAGUUGAUAACGAUGCAAAGAUUCACAGAUGGCGUUAUAGGAAAACACUUAAAGGGGCCGAUUUGCACUUCGGAAUAUUCUGGGGGUGUUGCCACGAACGUCUCUAAGGUUAUUGGGGUUGUGGCUACUAACAUUGCUCACGGGUUGGGGCACAAUUUUGGAAUGGAGCACGACAUCGGGUCAUUCUGCGACUGUCCUGACGACAAAUGUAUCAUGACUCGAACAUUUGGACCUAUUCCCCCUACACGCUGGUCUCUUUGCAGCCGACAAGAUCUUAACCUUGCUUUUGAACGUGGAAUGGAUCACUGCUUACGCAACAAGCCUAAGCGGCUAUUCGACUCGCCGUCAUGUGGCAACGGGUUCGUAGAGCCGGGCGAGCAAUGCGACUGCGGGCUGAAUCCCCUCCCUGCAUGCACCGCAUGCUGCGAAGCGGAGACAUGCAUGCUGAGGAGCAAUGCUACGUGCGCUACUGGGGAAUGCUGUGAUAUACGGUCAUGUAAGCUACAGACAGCCAGCACAGUUUGUAGAACCACUGAAGGCGACUGCGAUUUGCCCGAAUACUGCACUGGAAACUCGGAAUUCUGUCCAAGAGAUGUUUACAAAAUGGACGCCACGCCGUGUUCUAAUAAUCAGGCGUACUGCGUGCAGGGCUCAUGUCGUACUCAUACGGACCAAUGCCGCCUGCUGUGGGGCUCCACGGGCUUGAACGCUGAGGACAAGUGUUACGAUUUAAACACUAAGGGUGAUAAGAAAGGUAACUGUGGGAUUAUUGUCACAGAAAACUCGAAGUCUUUUGAUCCGUGCGCAGUGGAGCACGCACGGUGCGGUCGGUUGCAUUGCAAGCAUCUAAACGAGCGGUUAGAGUACGGGAUGGAGUCCGUCUCCAUGCUGAGCUCCGUGUUUAUAAACACUAACGGUACUAUAAUCCCCUGCCGUUCUGCAAUUAUCGAUUUGGGAACACAAGACGUCGAUCCCGGGUUGGUGCCUGAUGGAGCGAAGUGCGGGGAAGACAAGAUGUGUUUGAAACAGAAGUGCGUGUCGGUGCUAGCGAUGCGCGAGCAGAUGUCUCGCCGCGAGUCGUCCGUCUGUCCGUCCGACUGCUCCGGACAUGGCGUCUGCAACUCCGAGGGCCACUGCCAUUGCAACGCUGGAUACGCGCCGCCUCUGUGCGCUGAGUCCGGCACUGGCGGCUCCGUGGACUCCGGCCCAGCGCAGUUCCCUGACUUUAAGCCCAAAUUUGACUUACACUUUGGACUUACUGGAUGGAAAUGGAGCUACGAUUGAAUCAUUUCAUUUGUAUGUCACCGUUAAAUUGUAAAAUAUGUUAGUUUUUUAAUCUCACUCGCGAUAUUGUAAUCUGUCGAUAUAUUGUGAACUGAACAUACUGAUUACAAUUUAACGUGCUAUUUUUCGGUAUAUUAUAAUAUAUCGAAGUGA